GUUAUAUCCAGUACUGGACGGAUACGUCUAUAGUAAUACUGUAUGUGUGGAGGCUGUGCGGUUAUAUCCAGUACUGGACGGAUACGUCUAUAGUAAUACUGUAUGUGGAGGCUGUGCGGUUAUAUUCAGCACUGGACGGAUACGUCUAUGGUAAUACUGUAUGUGCGGUUAUAUUCAGCACUGGAUGGAUACGUCUAUGGUGCGGCAUCUGACAGCAGUUCUCCUUGGAGUUUCCGCUGCUCUCGCGAUGUUUCGUCCCCUCUCGCCCCCUCCCCCGCUGUCAUUCCCGCAGAUGGCUGCUCUUCGCAGGUUCCUCCGUGCCCUGUGUGCCCAGAGCCAGCAGCCAUGCCCCCCGGCACACAGCAGGCUCAUCUCCGUGCAGAGCCCGGGCAGCUCUUCCUCCUCCGCCCGGACCUCCGUGCUGUUACUGGUGUCCGGCGCAGCCGGGGCAGGGCUGGCACUGGCUGGUUAUGCCAUCUAUCGUGACGGGCGAGUUCAGAACUGGGGAGAGCGACUGUAUCGCGACAUGGACCUGAGAGGAAGCAUUGAGGGUCUGAGAGGAGCCGGCAUCCUGGUGCCUGUCAGUGCUGCCAAGGAGACGAGCUCGGCAGACAAAACAGAAUUUGAGGACUUAGACAUGUUUGCUAGCUCCCGUGAACAGAGGUUUCGUGUAUUUGCAUCUUUAGAAUUUGAAGGACAACUGUACAUGACGCCGAGGGAUUUCUUGGACUCUGUCACUACUGAUGAGCCACGGAACUCUAAGAAGUGGAGAUCAUUGUCACGACAGGACUUAAUCCAGCUGCUAAUAGACACACCUCCAGUAUGGAAGGGCUCAUCCAGAUUUUUCAGGACUCUUGGAGAUAAAGGCAUGAUUUCCUACACAGAGUAUCUCUUCCUCCUCUGCAUAUUAACAAAACCCCAUGCCGGAUUCAAGAUUGCAUUCAACAUGUUUGACACAGAUGGGAAUCAGAUGGUGGACAGAGAGGAGUUCUUGGUGCUACAAGAAAUAUUCAGAAAGAAAAAUGAGAAGAAAGAACGGAAAGGAGAAGAGGAGAAGUGUGCGCAACUGCGUCUACAACUUUAUGGAUACCUUGCAACAACUAACGGUGUACAUAAAACAGAUGCACAAGAUCAUGUCUCCAGGAGCUAUUGGGAUACAAUAAGACGUGGCACAAGCCAAGCCCUCUUUUCGGACCUUGCAGAGGGUGCCGAUGAACUUACCAGUUCCAUGAUACAUACUACACUACUUGUGCACUUAUUUGGGAAAAAAGGAAAAAUCGAACUUAAUUUUGAAGACUUUUAUAGGUUUAUGGAUAACCUCCAGACUGAGGUACUUGAAACUGAGUUCCUCUCCUAUUCUAAAGGCAUGAAUACAAUCAGUGAAGAAGAUUUUGCCCACAUUCUCUUACGAUACACAAAUGUUGAAAACACAUCAAGCUACUUGGAGAAUGUACGACUCCGGAUUCCGGAGGAAAAGGGAAUCUCGUUUGAUGACUUUAGGUCUUUCUUCCAGUUUUUAAACAACUUGGAAGAUUUUGCCAUUGCAAUGCAAAUGUACAACUUUGCCAGUCGAUCUAUUGGACAAGAUGAGUUCAAGCGUGCCGUAUAUGUAGCUACAGGCCUGAAGUUGUCUCCACAUUUAGUGAACACUGUGUUCAAAAUCUUUGAUGUUGACAGAGACGAUCAAUUAAGUUAUAAAGAAUUUAUUGGUAUUAUGAAAGACCGGCUCCAUCGAGGGUUUAGGGGCUACAAAACUGUCCAGAAAUACACCACUUUCAAAGCCUGUCUGAAGAAGCAGCUCCACAACAGAUAAGAUAAGCCGAAGCAUGGCCUGAAGGACUACUACACGUGUGUGACCUCUGUCACAAGGAAACAUUUCAGAGAGUUAUUCCGGAACUUCCGCAACAGAGAUACGUUUAGAUAAAAUGCCAUUUAGAGUUUGUGGUAGGCAUGACCACAUUCAGACAACGUAGCACCAUGAGAUUGUUUCACUGCAUAGUUAGGAUUUUGCACUGGUUAUAACUUUUAUUUGUGAAGUUCACAAAAGCAUGUUUUUAUUUGAAUAAAUUUUUUACAUAUUUAUAUUAAGUUAAA